CAAGAGUAAAGACCAUUGAAUUGCCACGAAGGCUUUGACACAUGUUUUUUCCGGCUCGUAGCUUCUUUCACCGGUUUAUCGUCGUCAACCGCCGUGAAAGUGAAAAGAUUAAAGAAAUUCCCUUCAAAACCCUAAUUUUACCAUUCUGACUUCCUCUGCCCUCUAUCCAAAUCUCUCUCUUUCACUCUCUGGAAGAAACAGAUAGAACUGUGCAUUCAUCGCUUCACUAUCACUGUUUUGGUGUAAUGUUGAAUGUUGUUGGGUGCUUACGGUGGAGAUAAUGGCAUUGGCAACCCAUCAAGUGCAGGGUUCUUAUCAAGCAAUUCCCACAAGGGUAUCAUGGAACAGAGGAAUUAAGUUGAGACGCUUUGUAACAACACUCUUCCUGGUUGAAAGAACAGAUAGGUUCAUCUCAGUUAAGUGCAAGUCUUGUUUAAGAAUUAUCCUGGUUGAUGAGAACAUGUCUGGUGUAUUUGUGGAGAACAUACCAUUGGUCCUCCUCUUGGAUGGGCCAAGUCAUGUGAAUAGUCUCAAAAUGUUAAGGAAGAGAAGGUACAAUCAUAUUGGAGCUUUGUGCCCUUUUAUAUCUGCAAAUCUGAUGUCUUGUUUUCACAGUGUAGGAGCUCCCUUUGUCCUCGGACCAAAGGGGAAAUCAUUUAAGAUUUCAGCCUUCAAAGCUAUUGGCCAAAAUGUUGAAUCAGGAGGCCGAGCAAGUGGAACAAAGCCGCCAAGUAAUCCUGUCAAAUUUUCCUGGGUACCCAAAGAGAGUGAACACACAUUGACCAAUUCUGCAAAGGUGAAGAAUGUACCAGUUUCCUACACAUCUGAAGCAGAUGAGAGCAAAGCAGGGUCUGCAGCUAUACAAAAACUAUUCAAGAAUUGGUUGACAUUGUUGCGAACACCAUCAUCGCAUCAAAUGGUAGAUGAAAGUGUGGGAGGAGCAUCCUCAAGGAAAAUUUCAGAUAUGCAAAAUGGGAUUCAAAACAAAGAAAGAGGUGAGAUUCUGAAGGUGAUUUGGUGCUACUUUCUGGGUCUGGAUGCGGCCAUAAAGAUGCCUUUGUUAAUAUUCAUUCCAUUCUUCCUGGCUGUCAAUGUAAUCUAUGGAGCUGAUGUUUCGAAAGAGUUGACCCCUUUGUGGAUUAUUGGGCCUUUGAUUGUCGCUCUCUAUGUCAAGAUGUUCCAGGGCUUAUGGGCACUUUAUGCUUUCAGCUUCAAGCAGACAGUUAAAGUAGUCAAGAACUUGCCCACCUACUGUUUACUGGCUUACAAUUGCAUGACUCCUGGGGAAUUCAAAAAACACAUACGAGCUUAUUUAUGGCAACCUUUGUUGGACAUUAAGAACAAAGACUACAAAGAGCUCUUAAAAAGAAAGAUGACAGAUAUUGAAGGCUGGUUGGUGGAGAAGUACGUGGACUUUGUGGAAACAAUCUGGCCCUACUACAACAGAACAAUUCGGUUUUUUAAGAGGGCAAACCUUUUAUAGAAUUUGAGCAUUGUAUUUUAUGACUGUGGUGAGAGCAAAGGGCGUUAAAAUCCAAGAGAUUGUUUUUCAUUUUAGUUUUUGGGUGAAAUUCUCUGGUAGGUGUAGAUUGAGACAGCUGUGACACUCAUUUUGAAUGGGUUCUUCUCAUCGCCUGAGCAAGUGUAACUGUAACGCUACAAGUACACCGGUUAAACCCUUCUAAAAAUUCCAAAUGCACGGCACUCAUCUUGGCCAUUUUGCAAUUUACUCUCUUUUUGUGAGUUUUCCUGUUGGUGGAAUUAUUCUGGUGCAACAAAUGAACAUUCUUGAGUCUGAGCCAAGAUGGUAAAAAUGUGCAGAUAGUUUUGUGAUUCAUUCUUGAGCCAGAGUCAGAAUGCCUUCAAGAGAUUACUUUCAGCAAGUGGACCAGUGGCAGCCCAUGUUUUUUCUUUAUCCAGACUACAAAAAUCAAGUGGAUCUG